AAGGAUGGUGUCUGUGUUUAUGCUCAUAAAUAGGGGGUCAGGAGAAGUAGAAAUAGCUCAAACUAGAUACUUAGGAACCUAUUAUAUCUUUUGAUCCAGCCGAAUCCAAGUGCGUCUGGGAGAAUACAACAUUAAGGUCUAUGAAGGCAAUGAACAAUUCAUAAAUGCAGCCAAGAUUAUUCGCCACCCCGAGUAUAACUCAGCCACCAUUGAUAAUGACAUCAUGCUGAUUAAGCUGAGCUCAGCUGCCACCAUCAACUCUCAAGUGGCCACCGUCUCUCUACCAAGAUCCUGUGCAGCGGAUGGUACUCAGUGCCUCAUCUCUGGCUGGGGCAACACCCUGAGCAGUGGCACCAACUACCCUGACCUCCUGCAGUGUCUGAAUGCUCCCAUUCUCUCUAACACUGCUUGCCGCACAGCCUACCCGGGCAAGAUUACUACAAACAUGAUAUGUCUGGGAUUCCUGGAGGGUGGAAAGGACUCUUGCCAGGGUGACUCUGGUGGCCCUGUGGUCUGCAACAGUGAACUCCAGGGCAUUGUCUCCUGGGGUAAUGGUUGUGCUCAGAAAAACAAACCUGGAGUCUACACUAAAGUUUGCAACUACAUGAAAUGGAUUCAGCAGACCAUUGCUGCCAACUGAACACCUUUAUCUCUUCAUGUUCCAUAUCCUAUUCAUCAACUUCACCUUCUUUCUAUGCCAAAAAACAGUAUCUAAAUAAAGAUAUACUGUCUUGUACCACAUCUUUCCAAGAAUGGUCCCUGUUGGUAUUGAUUAACUUUCUCUUGAAACUAGCUGUUAAGAAGGUGGA